AUGUACCGCGGCGUGUCGUGCCUCCUGUGCCCGGUGCAGCUCGGCGCGUUUAAACAGUGCGUCGACGGGCGGUGGUGCCACGUCGUCUGCGCGCAGUGGACGCCGGAGAUCGUCAUCAAGGACGCGAACGAUUUGCAGUGCGUCGAGGGCGUGCAGAGCAUCCCGAAGGAACGCGCGAACCAGCGGUGCCUCGCGUGCGGGAAAGCCGCCGGCGUUCCCAUGCGGUGCUCGUACGGGCACUGCCAGACGACGUUCCAUCCGUUGUGCGCGCGGCAGGCGGGGAUGCACGUC